AUGGAGCUCGCAGGGCUUUCCGUAUCUCAAGCUGGCGGCGACGGGCUUGUGGCGGCUCGCCAUUUACGGCAUUAUGGCUACCAGCCCACCGUGUACUAUCCCAAGCGGAGCAAGAACGAGCUAUACCAGCGACUAGCCAAACAGCUGGAAGAUCUCGAGAUACCAUUCGUCGAAGACUUCCCUGCAGCUCUCGACACCACGGACCACAUCGUGGAUGCUAUCUUCGGCUUCAGUUUCUCCGGCGAAGUUCGCGAACCGUUCCCUGCUGUGAUUAGAGCCCUGGAGGAGACCAAGCUUCCCGUCACAGCUGUCGACGCUCCAUCUUCGUGGGAUAUCGAGGAUGGUCCGCCAAAGUCUGGCCUGGGAAGCACAUUCAAUCCUACCGUCCUUGUCAGCUUAACAGCUCCGAAACCUCUCGUCAAGCACUUCAGGGGUCGGCACUUCAUUGGUGGAAGAUUUGUUUCGCCAGCUAUCGCCAAGAAGUACGAUUUCGAUGUCCCUGAAUACGAGGGAAUCGACCAAGUCGUAGAGGUUGGUCCAAGUGGACAGAAGCUAUGA